AUGUCCACCGCACCUCUCGACAAGAAGACCAUCCUCGAUGUUGACCCUUACCUCAAGGACAACACCGAGCAUCUCAUCUAUCGUCACAGUCUCUUCGGGAAGUGGAAGGAGACCAUAGACGACGCCGAAGGCGGCUACGACCAGUUCACCAAGGGCUACCUCAAGUUCGGCUUCAACGCUCAGCCCGAUGGUUCCGUUGUUUAUCGCGAAUGGGCCCCGAAUGCAAAGGAGGUCGUUCUCAUCGGUGACUUUAACAACUGGAACAGGAUCUCUCAUUCCAUGACAAGGAACCAGUAUGGCGUUUGGGAGAUCACCAUUCCUUCGAAGAACGGUGAGUGCGCCAUUCCCCACGACUCGAAAAUCAAGAUCUCUAUGAUCCUCACCUCUGGUGAACGAAUCGAACGCAUCCCUGCAUGGAUCAAGCGCGUCACUCAAGACCUCUCCGUCUCCCCGGUGUACGAAGCUCGGUUCUGGAACCCCCCCGCAGAACAAGUAUAUCAGUUCAAGAACCAGCGUCCCCCGCCUCCGAAGAGUGCACGUAUAUACGAAGCCCAUGUCGGCAUCUCCACCUCUGAGGAACGCGUCGGGACCUACAAAGAGUUCACGGCCAACGUUCUUCCUCGCAUCAGGGACCUAGGUUAUAACAUCAUCCAGCUCAUGGCCGUCAUGGAGCACGCAUACUACGCUUCAUUCGGAUACCAGGUCACUAACUUCUUCGCCGCAAGCUCUCGCUAUGGGACUCCUGAAGAGUUGAAGGAGCUCAUCGAUACUGCUCACGGCAUGGGAAUUACAGUGCUCCUUGACAUGGUUCAUUCCCAUGCGUGCAAGAAUGUCCUCGACGGCCUCAACCUCUUCGACGGCACCGAUCAUCUCUACUUCCACGAGGGUCCCCGCGGUCGCCAUGAACUCUGGGAUAGUCGCUUGUUCAACUAUGGCCAUCAUGAAGUUCUGAGGUUCCUCCUUUCCAAUCUUCGAUUCUGGAUGGACAAGUACCAGUUUGACGGUUUCCGCUUCGACGGUGUCACGAGCAUGAUGUACCACCACCAUGGUAUCGGCGCCGGUUUCUCUGGCGGCUACCACGAGUACUUCGGAGACUCAGCGGACCUGGAAGCGAUAGUUUACCUGAUGCUGGCAAACGAUAUGCUCCACACCUUGUACCCCGGAGUGAUAACCAUCGCCGAGGAUGUGUCUGGCAUGCCUCUCCUUUGCGCGCCAGUCUCUAAGGGAGGUGUCGGUUUCGAUUACCGGUUGUCCAUGGCCAUCCCGGACAUGUGGAUCAAGCUGCUGAAGCACAAGAGUGACGAUCAAUGGGACAUAGGCACUAUCUGUCACACGCUCACCAACCGCCGCUACGGGGAGAAGAGCAUUGCGUAUGCCGAAAGCCAUGAUCAAGCUCUCGUUGGCGACAAGACCCUCGCUUUUUGGUUGAUGGACAAGGAGAUGUACACCAACAUGUCUGAUAUCACAGAGUACACCCCUGUUAUCGCUCGAGGUAUCGCCUUGCACAAGAUGAUCCGGCUUCUCGUUCACUCGUUGGGUGGUGAAGGAUACCUGAACUUCGAGGGGAACGAGUUCGGCCACCCUGAGUGGCUGGACUUCCCCCGAGAGGGCAACCAGAACUCCUUCAAAUACGCUCGUAGACAAUGGAAUAUCGUCGACGACCCCCUCCUGAGGUACAGGUAUCUCAACGAUUGGGACAAGGCGGUGAACCAUAGCGAAGAGCAGUAUGGUUGGCUGCGGGCGGAGCCAGCAUACGUCUCGUUGAAACACGAAGUCGACAAGGUGAUCGUCUACGAGCGCGCCGGUCUGCUCUUCGUAUUCAACUUUCACCCGACCGAGUCGUUCACCGACUACCGCGUUGGGGUCGACGUUCCCGGGGAGUACACGACCAUCCUCUCGAGCGACGAGAAGCGCUUCGGCGGCUUUGAGAACGCCUUGCCCGGCGGGUCCUUCCUCACGACGGACCUGGAGUGGAAUGGGCGGAAGAACUUUGCUCAGGUGUACAUCCCGUCGCGUACUUGCAUCGUGCUCGCGUUGAAGACAGCUUAG